GGAUUUCAUAUGUUUUCGCUAAUGUCACAUUGAAAACGAGGGGUGGCAUCUACGUUAACAUUUUUACGAUGUGGUUAUCUUGUAUAAAAUACGUGUUUGAGUUCUGUGUUUUCUGUGUUGUUCCAGAGUCCAACCUAAAUUAACAUAAGUGUUUCUGCCCCGUUUUAACUCGGAUGUUCCGUAGAAUGGGUCCGAACUGAUGUUGAGUCAUCGUUCGUAAAUCCUUCGAAAUGACGCUUCAGGCGGAAGGAAGGAAAGUUGUCAACAUAGGCAACUACAGGCUCACCGGCAAAAGACUCGGAAAAGGCAACUUUGCCAGAGUUGAAGAGGCGGUCCAUUCGGUGCUCAAUACCAAGGUAGCCUUAAAGAUAAUGGACGUGACACUAAUUAAAGAGGAUUACGUCAUAAGGAACCUGUACAGGGAAGCAAGGAUCAUGUCGCGGCUUUUUCACCCCUGCAUAGCGGCCCUCUUCCAGACGAUGCAGUAUGGAAAUUUGUAUUACCUUGUGAUGGAACUGGUCGGAGGUGGAGAUCUGUGCACAUUCAUCAAAGCUCAGCGCAAUGGAAAAUUGGACGAGCGUUGCACGAGAGUGUACGCUCGGCAACUUGUUUCCGCCAUUUCGCACAUGCACCACUUGGGAAUUGUUCACAGAGAUCUUAAAAUGGAAAAUGUGAUGUUGAACUCCCUCCAUACACAAAUAAAAAUAGUUGACUUUGGUUUAAGUAAUACCUAUUUCGAAAAUAACCCGUUAAGAACCCAUUGUGGAUCUCCUGAGUAUGCAGCUCCAGAACUCUUCAUGGAAGGCAAAGUGUACGGACCGGAAGUGGAUCUCUGGAGUCUUGGUGUGAUUCUCUAUGGAAUGGUCAUCGGCCAACUUCCCUUUGUUACGGCCAGAGAGAACAACAUGACAUCGCAGGAAAGGAGAAAGAAAUUAUUAGAACAAAUUAACCGAGGAAUAGCCGCCCCGCAUCGUAGAGCGUUGGCGGUUUUUUCCGCUGAUUUUAGGACCAUGAUAUCAAAGCUUUUAGUGGCUGAAUCUGCGAAAAGAAUUACUAUUAAGGAACUAGUUUUCCAUCCAUGGAUUACCGAGAAAGGUCGUAAAAGUGUUAGGACUAAUCCGUUGAAAAAACUCGAUGGACAAUAUCAAGCUAUAAUAAUGAAGGACGUGAGUUCGCUACUUCAUCUAAACAUGAGCGAGGUGGAUUUUGCGGUUAAAUCUGAACCUCAGGGUAACGUAGCCGGGAUAUAUAACAUCUUGGCGUUUAAGCAAACACUACACCAAUUGGAAGGAGAUGGGAUUACCAGGAAUAUUCCUGAUCAAGCGAUAAAUUAUUUAGCAACUCCAAGACCGAGAGUUCAUGCUGUUAAAGAAGUUAAACAAGAUAAUGUAAAGAUGAUUAAGAGAAAGGAAACAUUAAAAUCAGCACCGUUGCCUAAAACAACACCACUUAAAUUAAACAAAACUGCUCCGACAUCAAAAAUAGAAAAAACAACAACACUUGAACCUAUUGAGGAAAAAGUACCGAAGAAAAAAAUGAUUCCAAAGGGCAUUUUAACGAGAUGGGAAAAAAUGACUUCGCCUCGACAAAUGACCACAAUCGAUAAGGUAUGUAUUGGAAAACCACCACGAAGACAUAGCGCUGUUACAGAUGACCACAAACGUCCUAAACUAUCAGAAAAACCAAACGAUUUUGGUAGCCCAGGAAACGGAGAAGGAAAUCAUAUUAUUACCAUAUUAUCGCCAAAACCAUCAAGUAUAAGAUCAGCAAUCACACCAUCAACUAUGAAUAAAAAAAUUAGUGCCAAAUCCACAGAACCUCGAAUCAACAAUACUUCGAUUUGUAUAUCUAAUAACACCAGAACAGAUACCAAAACAUUACGAACGAAAUUAAACGAUAAAACAAAAUCGAAUAAUCAUUUUCAUUGUAGAGAAUUGUCAGUUAGGAUUCAAAGUGCAACAGGAGAUUCUUCAAAACCCGACGUAUCAUCACGUCUUCAAACAGUUACUAGUUUUACAAGACGUCCGAUGACGGAUCCAAUACAAACGGCAGAACGCGCAUUGAAAAGGCGGAGUAUGUUGUCAGCAACGGCGACCACCAACGUAACAACGAAAAAUGUAGCAAACGGAAUCAUUUUCAAUCAACCUGCAACGGUGGUGACUUCGACGUCCAAAAAGAAUCCCCAUCAGCAGAUGAUCAACUGUUGGCACAAGCGCGAAAGGGAUACCGAAGCGUCGCUAACAAAGAGGGUUAUUAUAGCACCACCCCCAAAAAACUCUAGGCCAUUUCUCAACGAACCUAUUGCGAGAUCGAUUGCUGGGUACGUUGUUAAUAAUAUUCCGAAUAAGCUCCAAGGCUUUAAAUGGAUCAAAUCUGGGAGGAAGGAUGGUGGUACUUGAUAAUUUUUUCUGGAUAAGUAUUUUUCUUUUUGUUUGUACAUAUAUUUUUUUGUAAGAGAGAUGAGGUUUAGUGUAAUAAAUAGUAAAAAAAUAGAAUGUAGAGUGAAAU